AUGUCCCUAAACAACGUCAUCACCUCCCUCUCCACCCUCCCGAGAGAACUAGCCCAUCAAAUACUCAACGACAUCCGCAUCUGGGACAUCCUCCGUCUCAUCAUCCACAACAAUGCCCACAUCAACACCGACAUCCUCACCCACCCAACACUCGGCCGCCUUGUCCACCACGAUCUAAAAACCCUAGACGAAAUCCGCCCAGUAGCAGACCUCUAUCGCACCGUCUGCGCAGACCACGGCCUCACCGCAGCACCUCUGACAUCUCCCCUAGCCCUAAACACCCAAACUUAUAAGUCAGACUACCAGGAAAUCAUAAAUUACAUGCACUGCCGCCUCAGGGAUGAAUUGUAUCUAGAGCCCUGGAAACGGGAGGUCCUGGCUCAUUACGCCCAUCUCCCCGCUGUCUGGGACUCAUCUACCAUCGAUGGCAUGGUAGCACGCUGGAAUGCCAUCCAAAACGCACAGGAGAAACUCAACAAGCGAAAAGCGAGUCAGCUUCACAAAGCAGCGGAUCUACUCGAGGCUAAUCCCGAGAUCUUGAAGAAAAUGAUCGACCCCAGUCAAACGCCGAGGAAGAAUAUCCCGCAUAUUUUGCAGCGGCUAAGGGGCACUGAGAAACAGAUUUUACGGCAGUCGUUGCUUCGAGGGGGUGCGUUGAGGGGGAUGUCGUGGUUUGCGUAUGGGCAUUUUCCGGUGGUGCCGUUUGAUCGGGCUUUGGGGGUUGUUUUGCGGGGGCUGGAGGGUUUGGGGGUUGAAUUUGGGCUGGGGGAGGAUGGCGCUGAUUCGAGGACGUCGAGGAAGGAGACUAGGGACUUGGGGGAGGUCGGAGGGUCAGUUAGGGUUGUGGUUGAGGGGUUGAAUUUCGUGUAUGAUGGUCAGGAUGGGGGUCGGUUGCCGAGGAUAGAUAUGGACGAGGGUGGGGGGUCUUGGUAUUUCAUUCCUAGGGGUCCGGUGGAUGCGUUGCUUUAUACCAAGGAUGGCAUGGAGGGGCAGUAUGAGGCUCAUGAUGAGAGGGAGAUUGCCUGGUUGGAGGCUUUUGUGGAGGUGUAUCGGUAUUUUGAGGGCCAAGGGUGA